ACCCCAGUCAAUGCCGCGAUUAAAAUUUGCCGAUUUGGACGAUUUACCGUAGCAAUUAGACAACCAUGACUUUAUUUAGCCCACGUUUAUAGUUAGACUCGCCAAGUCACUUUACGCGAAACAACGAGCAAUAAAGUGGAUUUUAAGAUAAAUCAGAAAUAUCCACCGGAAAAUUCAACAAGUUAUCUGAUUCAAAAUGGCAUACUUUCGAGGAGUCUUCGUUCCUUCAAUGACUGCAACAUUGAAUGUUGCAUGGGAGACAAUAAAGGCAAAAUGGCCUGAAAAUAGUCCAUGUAUGGAAAUAAUUCGCGGGACUAGGGGUGGAGGCCAACCACAGGAACCUGCAGGUAACUUCCGGUCAUUUAACGAGGGCGACAAUACGGAAAUGACCACUAUGAAUGGCGAAGAAGCUUUUGGAGAGCAAGGUAUCGCCGAGGACUCCUUCAGCUACCAAAGAAACGGUGAGAAAGUUAGAACCGGAAGUGCCAGUAGCGGAGGUUUCAGCGAAUAUGACGAAGGUGGUGGUGGUGAGUUUGGUGGUUCGGGGGUGAAGAUCAAUGAAUGGCAGGCUGCAUACAAUGUAACCAAUGCCAUACAGGGAAUGUUCAUCGUUUCCCUUCCGUUCGCCGUACUUCGCGGCGGUUAUUGGGCAAUCGCAGCCAUGGUUGGAAUCGCCCACAUAUGUUGCUACACUGGCAAAAUCUUGGUAGAGUGUCUCUACGAAUUGGACACGGCAACAGGCCAACGAGUUAGGGUUCGAGACUCCUAUGUGGCAAUAGCAAAAGAGUGCUUUGGUCCCCGUUGGGGUGCGAGAGCAGUUAAUAUUGCCCAAAUUAUCGAACUUUUGAUGACCUGCAUCCUCUACGUCGUCGUUUGCGGGGACUUGAUGGUUGGAACUUUCCAGGAAGGGGCUUUGGACACGAGAAGUUGGAUGAUGCUCAUAGGGAUUUUCCUUAUCCCGCUGGGAUUUCUAAAAUCUUUGCACCACGUAUCAACUUUGAGUCUUUGGUGCACCAUAUCCCAUUUGUUUAUUAAUGCAAUCAUCGUGGGUUAUUGUCUAUUGGAAAUUAGUGACUGGGGAUGGUCAAAGGUAAGGUGGAGCAUCGAUAUGAAGAAAUUCCCAAUUUCUCUGGGAGUGAUUGUCUUCAGUUAUACAUCACAAAUUUUCCUACCAACUUUGGAAGGCAACUUGAUCGACCGAUCCAAAUUUGAAUGGAUGCUGAAUUGGAGUCACAUCGCUGCUGCUGCUUUUAAAUCUCUUUUUGGAUGGAUCUGCUUCUUGACCUUCCAGGACGAUACGCAGCAGGAAAUCACGAACAAUCUUCACUCAAGUGGCUUCAAGGGACUGGUGAACACCUGCCUCGUCCUGAAGGCUAUUCUUUCAUAUCCUCUGCCCUAUUAUGCAGCCUGUGAGUUGCUGGAACGAGCCUUUUUCAGAGGCAGGCCUAAAACUAUUUUCCCGACGAUUUGGACCGUCGAUCGAGAACUGAAGGUUUGGGGUUUGGCGUGGAGGAUCGGUGUCAUCCUUUUCACUAUUCUUAUGGCUGUUUUCAUCCCUCAUUUUGGUAUUUUAAUGGGCUUUAUUGGCUCAUUUACAGGCACGAUGCUGUCCUUCAUUUGGCCUUGCUACUUUCAUUUAAAACUUAAGAGAAAUUCGAUGGACAUGGGCACAGCAGCCUAUGACUGUUUUGUUAUCUUCUUGGGGGUUCUUUUCGGGGUAAUCGGGGUUUAUGAUUCAGGAAGUGCUCUGAUUGAAGCUUUUGAGAUCGGGUUACCAUUUUAAAGGGGCUGAAAAAAUUAAUUUCUCCCUAUUUAAAGUUUUUUUUUUCGAUGAAAAUGUUGACUAGGAAAUUUGCGGUUGAUCAGCUGACGGAAGGGAUCGCCGACAUCUUGGGUGUCAUAUCCAAGAUGGUUGUUUGACAUACCAGCUGAUCAACUUCGCAUUUUCUUUUUGUAAUAAAAAUCUACAAAAUCCAAAUUUACGAGAUGUUUAAAGUGGAUCAUAAUUCACUUAAUGGCACAAAUUUAGUUAUGUGAAAAGUUAAAAUCAGGGUCUGAAAUAACAUUCAUCCGUCUCGUAAUAAAUGGAUUGGAAGGGCUGUUUCACAAAAUUUCAGAGGCUUUUAGAGAUCUCAGAGUGUAUAGAAUAUUUAAAGAGCGGUGAACGUGACAAUAUUAAUACAUUUAAUUUUAAGGAUCAAUGUCUUCCACAACAAGAAAUUGUACAAGUUAACUAUUGUUACGUAGGUUCUGGAUUUUAUAAGUGUAUUGAAGACCUCACAAUUUUUAUGUAAGAGUUGAUCGUCCAGAUCCAGCGAGGAAAAAAAUUGCGAAGAAAAAAAAGUGCCAAGAAAAUGUGAGGAAAAGAAAAAAUAUUACAGCCCUCGAUUUUCGACGGAGACAAUAAUCGUUAUUAUUUAUUUUUUUUUUAAUGGGAGGAUUUCAAGGAGGAUCAGGUGUUUUCUAGAGGCUUUCCUCGCGAUCUGCUGACGUAUAUAAAUAUUAUAAAUAUCAUGAAAAACAAUGAUGUACAAUUGAGUACGACUAAGUAGUUUAAUUAAUAUCGAAUGUCUUCCAAAGUUUACAUUCAGACAAUACAAGAUAAUUUAGAUCUCGUAUAAAGGCUAAGAAAAUUAGCUUGUAUAGUUAUUAUAAAGUGCGGAUUGCUCCACUAUAUCAAUAUUUAAUAAUUAAUUCAUAAAUUUUGGAUUAUUUCUUUUUUCAAAAAUUGAUGUCAAUAAAAUGUCAAUAAAAAAAUCCCAGGAGCUUUCCGCGCUGCUCUUAAGUUAAUUAUUGUAAAGUCCGCGUCUUCCAAUGAUGUCUUCCAGAACGAAAAAAAUAUAUAUUAUACUGUAAUGUUACGAUAUACACGUCAGAUGCUAUAUAAGUACAUAUCUAAAUAAAUCUAUCUUAAUAAAUAAGGGAAAAAGAUUGAAAGAUACUGUGCAUGAAAAAAAUGUGCUUUUUUUCGUGAGAUUUAGAUGAAUUUGAAAUAACUGUGUACUCGUUAGUCGAUUAUUUUUAGAUUUUAAAUUAAUUUUCAAAAUUAAUUUGAUUGUUAGUAUUCUUAUUUGUCAACCGUAUGCUUUUUAUACAACUUUGCAUUGGGAAAAAGGAGGAACGAAACAUAUCUUCGAGAAUUUUGAAAAGUCGAAAAUUUAGAAACGAUUUUUCUUUUUAGAACAUCGGGCACAUUCAUUUUUAUAAAUGUUUAUUAGCCCGUAUUUAAAACUGAUGUACCUCUGAGCAAAACGAAACUAAUUUUUCUGUUGAUAUUGGAGACCCUCACAGAAACAGGAAAUCCUCGAAUACACCAUUUUAUGCCAUUCAUGUCCCUGGGACAACUAGGAAGAUAAAUGAGAUAUCAAAUUGCUGUGAGGGGAGAAUAAUUUCUAUGGAAUGUUGAACAGAUGAGAUAAAUAUAAGGAUAAAAAAUAGAAGGGAUGUAAAAUAUUGAUUUUCCGAAAAUUUCUAAUUUUCGAAACGACUUGAAUGUCUUCCAGCUUCAUGCCAAUUAAUGUGUUUGAUAGCGUCUCGAAAUCAAUUCUAGAUGUUAUAUUACAGUUGAAUAGAAUAUGCGUUGCAGAUAUAUGUAAGGGGCUUCCAUAUUUCAAAAAUGAAGAAAUAUAUAUCGCCAAUUUUAA